AUGUCCUCCUGCCGAGUACUCAUCCUGCACCAUGAUCAAGAAAAUGACGUCUUUGGCUGUUUUAAAAGGGAGAGCCACGAGUUCUUUUGGGCUCGCAUCGAAGGGCAGCAACAAUUGGAGCCCCGGCCAGGUUUUUUCCUGACCUUCAUCGAAAAUGAGGUGAUGACAGAAGAUGGGGUAAUGAAAAUUGAUGCCAGCACCUCAACCAUCAAAGAACCUGAACCGGCAGAUUGUGUAAUCCUACCCACUCAUACAAAUGAACAGGUCGUAUAUUACAAGAGCUGGAUAGCUUUCGGUGACAAUCCGAACUAUCUCACCUAUAACAGAGAUCUGGGGUACGCGGAUUGGUAUGGAAUCGUUGAUUGUUCGGAUUCUCCACCUACCGGACCAGGAGUUUAUAAAGCGUUCAUUUAUGUAAAUGACCUAAACUACCAAGAAAGCGGAAAUCCACUUUUCAAAGUGACCGGGCGACUCAAAUUUUUGGCAAACAAAGACACAUCUGACACCAUGAUGAAACUGGAAAUUUUCGAGCAAAACAGACUUGAAGAAUUAAGGUUAUCACCGAAAAAGAUGAGCGAUUCACAAGUGAUCGCAAUUAUUCUAUUUGACAACGAGGAGACAAAUUCUGCGAUCUGUUAUUCUGAACAAUUGGAAUCUUCAAUAAAAGUUCAUCUUCCAGUCGGCUCUCCAGCAAAAGCCGGUCAACUCAUACUUUUCACCGAGUACAACUACGAAAAUGAUACAUAUUUCCCUGAUCCCCGGCCGGAUGCUAUAGAAUACAGAGAAUGUGAGAUGACGAGAAUUGAAAAUGGCGAAUUAUUGAUCUCUGCAAAAGCGGCAUGUUCAUCGAUUGAAACUCACAUUACUUAUCCUCAGAGUGUUGCAUUUGCUGAUACAUUUGGAAAAGUUAAUGUUGCAGCAGAAUCGAUGGAACGAGGUGUCACGUAUAGAGUGGAGUUGGCAAUUAACAUAAUAGACAGCGAGGCGAACAACGUUCCAUUGUUCAAAAUAUCUGAUAUUGGAGAAAAGUUGACCGGAGAAGAAAAUGAAGCGUUUCUUCGAAAAUUGAAUGAUUUUGAAGAGUUGCAAGGAACAUGGGAAGAUUGGACACCUGAAGAGAUUGCUGUUGAGCUGGAGCCGGUAGCAGCAGCCGAAGAGCCCGCGGAUCCAGAAGUGGAAGAAGCUAAAAUUGAAGAAAAUGGAGUGAAUGAUGAAUCUCUAACACAGUCGGAAAGUGAUUCUGUGUUUCUUCCACAGAUUGAGAGCUCAGCUUCCUCGGAGGAAACAAUGUCCGAGAGCAAUUCAGCUGAAAACUCGGAAAAACCGAAAAAAACAUUUGGAAGAAUGCCCCAAUCUCUGUCCGAAUCAAGUUCGUCCACAAUUUCGUCUUCAAAAGUCGGGGUAGAUCAUUCUGUAAUUGUGCUCAACGUGGACAAUGACGAAUGUGUCGGUUUCGAGACGACUCAGUUGAAGCUUAUGACAAUUUGCACAGCUGGAGUAACCGUUCCACUUCGUCCAUAUGGAAUUUUCCAGUUCAUAGCGGCUGGAAAUAAUUAUGGAAAGACGUCGAUUCAAACUCAAUCGGCACGAGUUUCAGAGUGUGAGGGGGCAGUUUUCUCGUCUGAUGAUGUUCCGAAGAUCUCUGCAAACGUGAUUUUCUCGUCAAAUCCAAAGCACAAAUCAUACAAUAAGGAAGUCGGUGUAUCGGAUCGAUAUGGAUUUGUGGAGAUUCCUCGAAUAACUGGAGAUUUUGAAUUUGGAACCGUCUACAGUACUCAGAUUACAAUGGUACAAUACGGUGAUCCACUGAAAGCAUGUUUCAAAGCAGUAGCUCCACUUAAAAGACAAUUCAUCGAUGACUUGGAUCAUUACUUGCAAGUAAUGGGAAAAUAUGAAGAUAACAUUUAUCAAUUGAGCAGGAAAAAUGGUCUUGGCGCGAAAAGUAUCUCUCGGCUUCCAAAUGAACCACGGAAUGGUUCUAAACAUGGCAGUACCAAGAGAUUUACGACACCACACGUAACCGGUUUAGUAGUUGAUAUGGAAAAGCGUGGAAAUUACUUUGGAUGUGUUUGGACGUGCUUUGGAGACGUCGUUUUCAAGUCAACACCAACAUUUUCUCAAAAUGGAGGAUAUCCGAGUGUUGGAGAUUUGGUUAAUAUUCGUGUUGAAAUUCUUUCUCCAGGAACUAAAGAUCAAAAGAAUCUUGGUGCUUCAAUGACUGAGAAGCCUGCUUCAUUGUCCACAACUGUUAUCUGGCGGAACAACGGAUUUAUUGUAAAAGCGUAUCUUAUCAUGAAGCCGGAAAAGCUGAUCUAUUCGGAAGACAAUAAUCGAUUCUACGAACACGACCAACUGGGAAUUGUGGUGGCUGAUUCGAGUAUUUAUGGGUCGGACAAUGAGCAAUCGAAAGUAUUUGAAUUCGAACGACUCAGAAACCCGAUCACAUUGGGAUUUACAACAAAUCUAAUGAACAAAUGCUAUUGGGCCGCCCGUCUUCCAAUGAUUCACAGAGAACCAUCGCCACCGGAGCCCAUCAACAAGUACAACGAUGAAAAUGUGUACGAUGAUUUCCAAAAAGGAGGCCCACAAUCUGUAAAUUCGUAUCGCUCAGACCGGCAGUAUCAGGAGAAACCACCGAUGCAAUAUCAGUCAUAUCAUGAUCCGGCGGACACUAUUUCAAUUCAUUCUCAAGACAAUCAUCGUCCAAUGGAGACUCGUUCAAACGCUGGAACCUCUGUAAGCUCUGUGGAUCGUAAAGAGGUCGGAGUUGUGAUGAAGAAAGUUGAUAAAAAUACGCAAAUAGUCUACUUGAGUGGUCAAAAAGCAGCCGCCAUUCAUCACUGGAAUACGCAUAGCCAAUCAACGAUCGUCGGAAACAGUUAUAUCUUCAUGUAUAGACCAAUUGAAGUUCACAAAGCCACUCAUUAUGCUCCAUUUGAGAUUACUCAAGUUGUCGAAAUAUUGAAUACGGAGAAUCAUGGUCGAGUCGAUCGUUCGGAAUUCUCAUCGCUUUUCACAUUUGAUUUGUGUAAUGUUGAUCAACGUUACGUCGAACGUUUGGCAUUUGGUGAAGCUUUGGUGUUACGUUCCAAUGAUGUUGGUCACGUUGUUAUGGCCAGUAACGUAAAAACUCCAUUGAAUCCCAGUAUGACUGCAGUAGAAGUAUGUCAAACGUAUAAAGGAAAACGAGAAUCGGAGAAUCUUGUUGGAUAUUGUCGACUUGUAUACGGAAAAGUUCCACGUGAAAUCGUGGAUGGUCAUUUUUCGGAUCAAUUUGUUUCAGCAUAUUACUUUGAGCUCCAUGAAAUUCUUGCCACUUCAAAUGCCUAUAUUGUGAGAAACGAGAAUUUGGAUCGGCGAAAUCUUCGCGGAAACACAAUCGAAGAGGUCAGAGACGAUAUUUCGAUUCAGAAAAGAAUUGCUCAUAUGAAUUUCGGGCAAAAUGAGCAGCAGCAGCAGCAAUCGUCGUUGUCUUCGAGAGGACCUACGAGACCAUAUUCUCCAGUCGGCAGUUAUCAAAGUUCUCAUCAAAACUUUGAUAAUCGUUCGGCGGCACAUAAUGGAGAUGGUAGAUCAACAUCGCAAAGUCAUCAUUCUGCAGGAGGAUCUAUGAAUCAUCAAAACUUUUAUCAGCCGCCAGUUUAUCAGUCGAGUAGCUCACAGCAGAGCUAUCAACCGAGAUAUAACGGAGCACCAUCUGGACCACUACCACCGCCAUCAUCUCAAAGCUCGUUCAACGGAGCGCCGGCGCCACCGCAUUAUUCGGAAAUGUCGAACGAUUAUAAUAGAAUGGUUCGAAAACUGGCUGAACUCACUGACACUGCUGCUCAAAUGAUUAUUAACAACGAUAUUAGACAGCAAAUUAAGAAUAUUUCGCCGGAUUUGUUGGACGAUCUGGAGAGAAAUAUUGACGCUUGCCAGAGGGAGAAGCGUCAUUAUUACGAAAAGUACGGGAACUAAAGGAUCAUUGACUAACAGUUUACAUUUUUUUUUCUCACUUAAUUUCCAUUUAUUGUAUUUUAUUAAUACACACUACCCCUCACCACCGCUAUUCGUUUUGAAAAUCAAUAAAACUUUGUUGUUUG